AUCUCCUUGCAUUUAUCUACAUAUACAAAAAUUUCCUGUUAUUCUCUGAUUUGAUUAUUUUGAUUUCAAGUUUUCAAUGAGACAAAAACUGCAGCACAGCAGGAUUCACAUGAGGCCUGUAGCCCUUGUAGGACCACUUAGCACCAGUUUGGAUUGAAGCCAAGAAAAGAAUUUAUAAGGGAGCUGCGGUGUGAGGAGAUCCAAUGAGACAACGGCGGAGUCGGCGGAGAGGAAAAGAGAGAAAGCACCGUGCGCCGGCCGGCUUUAUUUGCAGAUUCUCCGACGCCAGUCGAGCAGGCACCGCAGCACUUUUGUGCCACACUGCAAAAUUCGCCUCUCUUCAUUGCACUUUUUAAUUGAAUCUUUAAGUCUCAGCCGGAAAUAACCAAGUAUGGAUUACAUUCCUGAGCCAACUGUCCGUCCUUUCCCUGACUUCAAUGCUGUCGAAGACGCCACCCUUCUGCGAAAAGCUAUGAAGGGUUUCGGCACCGACGAGCAGGCAAUCAUUGACAUCUUGUGCAACAGAUCCAACAGCCAGAGGCAGCAAAUCAAGGAUGCGUUCACAAGGGAAUAUGGCAGAGACAUAAUUGCUGACCUCAAGAGUGAGCUCGGUGGGAAAUUUGAAGACGUGAUCAUUGGGCUCAUGGAUAACCCAGUGGAAUACAUGUGCAACCAGUUGCACAAAGCCAUGAAGGGCUUGGGAACUGACGAGGAGACCAUCGUCGAGAUUAUUUGCAGUCGAAACAACAGAGAAAUCAAGGAGAUUGUUGACAAUUACGAACGAUUGUACAACCGGCCAUUGGCGGAACAUUUGUGUAGUGAAACUGAAAGCUCAUUCCGUCGUCUCCUCACUUUGCUUGUCACGGUAAUUUUCCUCACUAAUUUUGUUGACAGCGGUGCAAUUAAAAAUGUUUAUCUUUGUGGUUUUCAGGGUGUCCGUGAGGAAUUCAACAUUGACCCAGAUAAGGCCAGAGAGGAUGCUCAGAGCCUUUUUGACGCCGGGGAAGGCCAAUGGGGAACAAAUGAAGAGAUUUUCAACAAAGUGUUCAGCCACAGCAGCUAUGGUCAGCUGAGAUUGAUUUUCCAAGAAUACAAAAGCGUCUCGGGCGGAAAGUGCAUCGAAGAGUCCCUUAAGAGCGAGUUGUCUGGAGAGCUGUUGGACGGUCUGAUGGCCAUUGUUGAAUGUGUUCAGGACAAGGUUUUGUUCUACGCCAAUCGCCUCCACAAGGCGAUGGAUGGCUUUGGCACCAACGACACCACCCUGAUCAGAAUCAUCAUCAGCCGUUCUGAAAUUGACUUGGCCAACAUCAAGAGGGCCUACGAAAAGAUCUACAACAAAACUCUAAUCAGCGCUGUAAAACAGAGUGAGACAUCUGGAGACUACAAAAAGGCUUUGUUGGCCCUCAUUGGUGAUGCUUAAAGAAAAAUUGAAAAACAGCCAGCCUAAAAACCAAAUAUUAUUCUGGCAGCUAAACAGCUAAAAUCUCAUUUUGAAUAUAAAUUAAUUGUUGGUGUCAAUUGUAAAAUUAUAAAAAAGCUAGUAAUUUCAAUUAAUAUUAUAUAUUACUGAAAAAUAAUUUAUAGAAAAAAAUAAUUGAAUAGUUAUUCAGAAAUUGUGGAUUCAAUUAAUAGUACAGUAUAUUAUAGACAGUCAGUUUUUGACACAGCUAAUAAAAUAUGGAAUAAUU